AUGGAAUUGCGCCGGUUUUUGGGAAUGGUCAACUAUUACCGACACCUCAUCCCACAUGCAGCUCAGGCUCAUAUCCCGCUCACAGACUACCUAAAAGGCGCAACCAAAAAUGACAAGCUCGAAAUAGCCUGGACCGGCCCUGCGGAGAAUGCAUUCCAGGCCUUACAUGGAUUGGCGCAUCCCAGCGGCCGUACAACUGCAAAGUUACUUAAGCAGCGGUUUGUCUGGCCAGGAAUUAACCGUGAUGCCACCCUCUGGUCCCGACAAUGCGUUCCUUGCAAGCGGGCCAAAAUCCAUCUCCCGGUGGACAAGAUCGAUGUUCCUGACAAUCGUUUCGAGCACAUUCACGGUGAUCUGAUUGAGCUUCCCACUAUCCGUAACUUACGCUACUGUCUUACCAUCAUCGACCGCUUCAGAAGAUGGCCUGCAGCUAUUCCACUAUCCAACAUCACCGCGAAGACUGUCGCGGCAGCUCUGAACACACACCGAAAGGAUACGUACAACCGCAUAUCACCCUCAGUCAAACGGCAUCGUGGUCGAUGGCACCGUACCCUCAAGGCCGCCCUGAUGUCAAGGAUCACCGAGCAACUACAUCAACAUAACAGGGCAGCCCGACCUACUUCUACAGCGAAUCACGCUACACCACCUGUUUUCAUAUGUAAGGACCUGAGAACUUGUACGCACGUCUUCAAGCGAGUGGCAUCUGUUAAAAAACCACUCGAACCGAAUAACGCGGGACAUCAUCGGGUAAUACGCCGGGUUAAUGACCAGUUCUACAUCAUCAGCAUUCAUGGACAAGAGAAGUCCGAGGAUCUACCGCCUGACCAAACGAUUUCGCAGUCACUUACGCCACCGAGCCCUGCAUCUGCAGCUGCAGAAUUUAUACCGUUACCUUCACCACAUGGCGAAGUCACUGGAGGGGGAGUAGAUGUGGCGCCCAGACUAAAGCCCAGUCUGGCAACACGGCGUUAA